AUGGCUUUGUCUAAAUUUUCGGAACAACUGGAUACAUAUUUGAAAGAUAAAAGUGAUAUAAAAAUUUUUGAUUUUCCGAAACAUGAAAAGAACCUCAAAUGUAUUGGUAAAGGAGGAUUUGGAAUUGUGUAUUCAAUUACUUUCGAAGAAGAAAAUUAUGCGCUAAAAAGUUUUAAGCAAUCUGAGGAACUUGAUGAGAAUGAGUUCAAAGACUUCAUGAAAGAAUAUCUUCCAGAAACUGUAUUAACAAAGCUUUUAAAUAAAGAAAAAGAAGGAACUAUUUCUGGUACACCGAAAGGUUAUGCUGAUAUUUAUACGAAAUGUUGGUCUUUUGAACCAAGACUACGACCAAAUUUAGAUGAAAUUUUAGAAAAUCUUCUCAUACUAUCCGAAAAAACAGCUGAUUUUACUAUUAUAAAUAAAUUAGAUAACUUAUCCGAUUUUUUAGAUAGGUUAUUUUAUGAUUUUGCUGAUUCAACAAACAAGGGACUAGAAUUUUCGCAAAUUUCUAAAAGAAUAAGAGAUAUUAUUAAUUUAGAAAAUCAAAAACCGCAAAAUACGUUUAAUUGUCUAUAUAAUAAAGAAAAUAAUAAUAAUUCGGAGUGGAUAUGCCUUCUUGGAUUUUUUUAUUUAGAAGGAAUCGGAACUGGAAAAAAUCAAAUAACUGCACGUAAUACGUUUGAAAAAGCAAGAAAUGGUAAUACAAACGGAAGUUUUAUGGCAAAAUUUUAUCUCGGUGAAUGUCUUAGAAAUGCUUAUGGGACCGAAAAAAAUUUAGCAAGCGCUAAACUAUUAUAUAAAGAUAUAAGGGGUGAAUGUGCAAGAGCAGCUAAUUCUUUAGGGCUUUGUUAUUUAAAAGGAAUAGGAUGUAAAACCAAAAGAAAGGCGAUUAGAUGUUUUGAAGAAUCAUACGAAAAAG